AAAACACACACAUAAUUUUCAACCCCAACGCUGCAAUAAGACUUUGAAGGUGCAACAACAAAUAUAUACGAGUCAACGACUUAGACAGCAAUAAUAAGAGAGGAGAGCAGAGAAAUAGUGUUUUAAGCUACCAGCAGGAGCAGAUGUUUUUCUAAGCGGAACGCGCCAAUCUUGCUGCCACAUAUUACAUACAUAUGAAUGUACUAUGUAGAGGGGAGUGUGAGCUCAGCUUAUACUUAUUGUUCUUUAUUAUUAUACAUGAAUGAGUUCUUCGUUUUUAUUUUCAUUUAUUUCGCUAACGCUACUACCACUCGUUGUGACGGAAGUAGACGAGGAUAUGAUCGCAUCUUUGUUGGCUGAAAUAUAGUAAAACAGAAACAGUCGUUAAGAUUAGUUCGUGGCGAAAGGCCGUUGUCGGGAAAUAGAUUAUAAAUGAGGAAGAAACUUUUAUUAUAGAAAACAACAAAAAAUUAUGUCUAAACAUAACUAUACCAAUCCGGCUUUUUGCCAAAGUAGUGAAUUUUAUCCUGUACCAUCAGCGAAGCGUAACGAUAAUAUUGAAGACAUUUAUAAUCGCAGCUUGCUGUCAAAUUAUACUGCAAAGGCAAGUAAGGCUCCGCCCGAUCCCUGCGAUGCUCCCCUACGUAUUCAACGAAGCAUGUCCACACGCUCGAUGCUUAGACAGAAAGCAGUAUCGUUCAAUAACCCACUGCAACGCGAGCAACAACAAAAACAACAACAACAACAACAAUGCACAGAAGCACCUAGAUUCGCUUCGGAUGGUACAGUUUCAUCGUUUGACACUCGUAGCGGUUCAGGUCGUUAUGCAAUUGUUCCAGUUGAGGAAUUACCUGCGUACAAUAAACACAGCUACACCAUUAUUUCGGAUCCCAACAAUCUUGACUCACGCCUGGACCGAAAUUAUGCUAAAUCUCAUAAUAAUUUAGAAAAUUUUAAAUCUCCGACACUCGACAAUCCAGAUGAGCGCGAGCCUCAUUCUUUUCACGAAGAUCCGAGAGCAUAUCCCUUUACCAGUUCACAAAUCGGUAUCGAAACAGCGAUUUCGUCAAAAAAAUCUCGGAUUUUCUUGCAGAAUCGUCAACCGUCACAAAAUAUUCAUCCUUCAAAUAUCAAACAUGCUUUUUCCAGUGAUUUUAGUAGUAAAACGUUCAUGUUGGUGGAUAAGAAUAGCAAUCAACGUUAUCAAAUGGUGCCGACCGCCGAAAAUGAGGAAUUGGUUGACGAUAAUCAUGAGGUUAUACAAAUGCAUAAUGGCAAAGCUCAUCGCUAUGCCGUUAUUCCUACCGAAGAUACUGACAACGACGACGAGUACGACAUCUCACAAGAUCCGGAAAAUAAUCCGGAAGAGGAAACUUGUCUAAGUACUACCGACUUGAAUAAAAGUCGUCAAUUUUCUACUUUGAAUGGUGAAACGAAUCGUUCGCCAAUUUGCACCUCAACGCCGCAAAAAGUAUUAUCUGGACCUAAUCAUAACUCUAUUCCGAACACGCCAAUGAAAAAUCUGGCGGCGACUAAAAUGUUACAAGAAAUUCUCUCAACACCUCCACGUAAUGCAAUCGUGCAAAGAAGCUUUCGUUCACAACCCAACACACCUCGUACGAAUUAUAUUUGGAGUUCGCAGAGGGACUUAACUACUCCUCAUCCGGAUACUCCGCGUAAAAAUUCUCAAUUGUCACCGCAAAGAUUGUAUUAUGAAAGUGUAAAACCAAUGGUUGUGAAGCAAACAUUAAAACAAAACGAACGCGAUCGCACGAUGGCCGUUAUACAACCACGUUUGGCCACCUGUCGACAAACUGAAUCACAGGUCGAAGAAGACGCAUCCAGCAGUAUUCAAGCGAAAUCUUUUGAUAAUAAUUUGUAUCCUCAAAAGAUCGCCAAUGCGACUGUCACGUUGGCGAUAGUUUCAUUAAUGUUAGUCUUGGGUAGUUCCAUGAACUUAGGUCUUAUCGUCUAUAUGAUAGCUCGUUUGGGUAAAUCGUUUUAUCUUCAAUUCAGUUUGAUGGCUGCUUUUUGUGGCUUUGGUUUGGGAUUUUUGGGAUUUCGUUCGCGUCAUUGCGAAUGGUUACCUAAUCGUAGUUACAUUUCUGGCUACGUUCUUUUAACCAUAUUUUGUUUGCUUAAAUGUUGCGCUCUCUUAGUGAUCUUGGUAUUGGAUCCUUAUCCUGGUUUACCGUUGCAUGACGUGACAACCGGCGUUAUUUUGGCAUUAUCCACGUUUAGCAUGUUUUUCAUAGGCUUGGGUGUCAUUGGCAGUUUAUGGUGUUAUCGUCCGCCUCCAGAUAAUCGUGUUAAUAUAGUUUAAUUAGUCUUACGUUUACAUUUCUAGUUAUCUGUACUUUUUGUUUUGAACAUCAUUUCAUACGUAUAACAGCUAAAAUACCAAAAAAAAAAAAACAACAACAACAAAAGCAAAAAAAAAAAAAAAACAAUCGAAAAAGCCAAUCAAGUUUAUUGCGUACAUAUACCGCUUGAAGUUUGGCAUUAUGUGUUCACAUUGGCAAAAUUUUUUGCAAAUCAAUAAUGUUUGUUACAAUGAAAAAGAAGUUAUUACUGUUUAACGUUACUUUAGUUAAUAAAAAAAGGAUACGCAGGGGAGUUGAAGUAAUUUCUGCAGAUUUUUAGUAAAGUAAGUCUUUGUAUAAAAUAGGUAACAGGAAAGGCUGUUACCCAAGACUCAUUUCUCAGUCAAGUCUCAUUUCUCGCAGGGACCAUCUUCCAGCAGCGUAUGUUCUCCAUUCGAAAAACGAGAAGAGAAAGAACCCCAGUAUAUCAUUGGCUGAAGAAUGUGUGAAUAAGAAAAAGAAAUUUUUUUGUCCGGUCAGAUCUUACUAAAAGAUCAGUCCACAACAUCUUCUAGUUUAUUGGGGUCGUCUUCUCUCGAACGAGUAGCGAAGUAAGUAAAUAAAGGCGGCCGUCAGGCCAAUGUUCACAUGCUCAAAUCUCAAGAGCUGCAGGGUACACUUUGAUCGUGAUUAUAGUGAGUAUUCAGCCACACCCACACCCACCGAUUGGCCACGCAUCCAUAACUUGGCUGCACCCAUGAGUUUCUUAUCCCCUUCCCUUUUCAUAAUUCCU